AUGACUUCAGUCUCUCAACAAUCUUCAAUCCCAAGCCAGGCCUCCAACACCUCCAACGCUUCGCAGCCCACCCUGUCGUACGCAUCCACCGCGAAAAAGGCAGUCGCGUCGCCACCGAUCGCGACGGGCUCCUCGACCCCAUCACCCGCCGUGGCUAUCGGAGGGUCUGCGCCGGUGCAGCAACAUGGAAAGUCUUCGUCGAUUUCGCCUGUGAAUGGCAGAACGUCAAUUCCUCCAGCUGUUCCGGCGGUUGCACCUGCUAUUGCCCAUAGCAGUUCUGCAAUCAACGGAGGCGCGACUGAUCACAGCCGCAAGUCUUCGGUUACCAUCAGCGCAACUGGUCCAUCUGGAUAUGUCGCGAACGGCGGCCCUGUAGGUGGUUCAAAGGGUGGAAUACAAUUCGGGUCGAUUACAGAUUCUCCAGCGGCCUCGCAUAGCACUCCACAGAUCGCCCAAAGUUCAUCGGCACCAAUCGCGAUCCCAAAUCCCCGAGUAACAUCCCCUGCUCAAUCACCUUCACCAAUUCCUCAACCUUCAGCCAGCGGUGGGAAACCACCUUCUGGUUUGACCGGCCCAAACGCGGCUCCUACUUUUGGUAGCUUUAACGGUGGCGAUGGCGAGCGUCACAUGCGACAAGCAUCCGGAACCCAGGGUCCCGCGCAAGGCAACACACAAAGCGGCCAUCAGCGCCGCGAGUCCCAGUCGAACCACGACAUGAAUAACCAAAAUACGGGCGCGAAUCCUCGCGGCGGAUAUGGAGGCGGUCGAGGUCGAGGCAGCUUCAACGGCAACAAUUCUCAGUAUCCACAACAGAUGGGAUAUCCUCCUGCCAACGGCAACAACGGAUACAACCGCAACCCAGGGCAGAGUCGUGGUGGGAUGGGCAACCCCAUGGCUGCUCCUUUCCAAAAUCCAGGAAGACCAUUCCCCAACUCUCCACAUCAAGCUGCUCGCAGCCCAGCAUUGACUCCAUCGCUGCCAGGCACACCAAACAUGAACCCGACGAUGCCCAGCAUGGGCCCUCAGCAGUAUGGCGGUUACGGAUACCAGCACAUGCCUCCUCAACAAGUACAUCCCCACAAUUCACAUUACAGUCAUGAGCAAAAUUCUCACAAUUCUCAAUACAACAAUUACAAGAGAGGUAGCGGCAAAGGCAGCAACAAGAAGCGAUUACCCGAAAAGCACUCGUAUCACAAUCCUAAUCACAGUCGACGAGGAGAUUCACGAGAGCUUUUCGGCCAUCAAAUCAUGCCUGAUUAUCGAUAUCCUGCCGAACGCCGUUAUGUUCAACAUGACUCGGGAAACCUGCAGUCACCACCUUUGAGUUAUUCAGGUGUUGGUCCUGAUAUGCCAAAGCAGCAAGUCAAUGGACCACCGCCUGAAGCUCCACCGGUCGAUUUACGACGCUCGUCCGAUGACAGAACUACUUCCCCCAUCUUUCCCCCUCUUCCCUCCCUUCUCUUUCCUGAACUACCAAAGCUCGAUCCAAAGAUCAAUGACUUUUCUCCAGCAAGUGGCAAUUUCGAGGAAUAUCUAACAGUGAGACAGCAGAGUUACGGUUAUCCACCCCAACAACAAUACGAUCCGCGAGCGAUGCAGAUGGCAAACCAGUACAUGUACCCUCAAAUGGGUUACAUGGGUGGACCACCUCCACAGUCCCCACAACCGGGCUACCAACAGCCACACCAGUCGUAUAUUCCAGGACAGUACGCACCGCAACCGAUGUCCCGAAACUCGUCGCAAAUGUCUUCCGACCCAAGACCUGCCUCGAGCAUGGGCCAACCUCAAACCCCAUCAAUGGUGCCGUCUAUCUCGCACCAGCAAGCUCCUCAAUCCAAGGUACCCUCGGCGCAGUCACCAGCAUUUACAAGAACUGUUCGGAAGAGCGCGGCUAUUGCCAUCAAGCGACCCGAUACAGGCGAUGUUAUUGAUGUAGACUCAAUCAAGGUGCCAGCUUCUCCAGCCCCAAGCAACCGUGCUAGAACACCACCAGUGAUCGCUUCCACCCCAACUCCACCACCAAAGUCUGCAACUCCACAGCACAACCGCACCGAUAGUAGCGCCCCUGCAAAGACAUCUGAGCAGAUCAAGGCUGAGAUUGCUGAGAAGGUAAGAAAGGCUGCUGCCAGCGACAAGGCUGAAACCGAGAAAGCUGCUGCUGAGACCAAGGCAAAGGAAGAGCAAGCUGCUAAGCUUGCUGAGGAGAAGAAAGUCGCAGAGGAGAAGGCUAAGGCGGAAGCAGAAGCUAAGGCGGCACAGGAGGCUAAGGAUAAAGAAGAAGCCGACAAGAAAGCUGCUGAAGCCAAGGCCAAGCAAGAUGAAGAAGAUGAGCUCGAACGACAGAUUGCUGAGAUGGAAGCUGCUGAGGCCGAACGAGAGAAGAAGGAAGCUGAAAUGAACGAGAAGCGUGCCGCCGAAAAGGCUGCUGCUGCCAAGAAGGCCGAGGAGGAGAGGAAGAAGAACGCUGAAGAGGAAGAUCGUAAGCUCAAAGAGCAGGAGCGCGAAAUGGAGCGCAUUGAAGAUGAGCGUGAAGCAAAGAGGGCUGCGGCCGAAGCAAAGGGUGCCGACAAGGGGGACAUAAAGAGCCAAAUCAAGAACGCCAUGAAGGGCGAGACUGAGAAAGACGCUCCUACAACUCCAGCUACAUUGGCAUCUUCAUUGUCGAACCUUACUUUGGGCACCGAAAGUGGAACUUCCACACCAGCUUCCAACGAGUCGAUGGGCCCACCCCCACCAAAAGCUGGCCCAGCAAGCAAGAAGGUACCUGCAGCUCUCAACCUUGCUCCUCUUAACACCAAGCCUGUCGAGGCUCCUCAACCAAGUGCUGCUCUUCAAUCUUUGAAAUCUGCUCGUUUCCUUACUGCGAUCAACCCCGCGUUGUAUCCUUCCAGCAUCAACUCACCAAACCCUGCGCUCAACUCUGCUGUUGCCGCCAAGGGAAAGAGCUUCAAGUACGACAGUGCUUUCUUGAUGCAAUUCCAAAAGGUCUUCACCGAGAAACCAUCUAUGGAAUUCGAGUCCCAGAUCAAGGCUCUUAUUGGUGAUGGUGACGCAGGUUCCGCUAGAUCAGCCUCGACCCGAGGCGGUGGUGGGAUGGGCCCCCGAUCAAGCUCUACUCGUGGCAACGCACCGGGUGCUUUUGCUAUGGGUUCAUUUGGUCAACCUGGUGGUAAGACUCUUCCACCAGGAACAACAUCAGCAGAGCGAUUUGCUAUGACCAAUGGCUCAAUGCCACGACCAGCUGUCAACCCAAUGGCUUCAUUCAACCGCCCUGGUGGUGCUUUCCCAGGUGGUAACGCCAUGACUCGCAACCCAUCCAGCUCCGGUAUGGGCUACAACAUGCCCAGCUCCCCUCGACAACAGAGCCGAUCUCAACGAGGUGGAAGCAAGCGUGACAGCCACCAAGGUGGUGGUAAUCCUAAAUCCGAGGCUCAAGCUGCAAAGACUAUGCCACUUACCGCUGGUAUGGACUUGAAGCCCAUCAAGGUCUCUGCAACCGGAUGGAAGCCUCGCAGUCUUGCUCAAACAUCAGCUACUGGCGCUGCUGGACCAACCCCAGGUGCUGCUGGCGGCAACGGCCAUAUGGAACCUGACAUGGUUCAACGUAAGGUCAAGGCUGCAUUGAACAAGAUGACUCCAGAGAAAUUCGACAAGAUUGCCGAUCAAAUUCUCGCCAUCGCCGCUCAGUCCAAGGAUGAAGAUGAUGGACGUACUCUUAGACAAGUUAUCCAGCUUACCUUCGAGAAAGCUACGGAUGAAGCUCAUUGGGCUUCUAUGUAUGCCAAGUUCUGCAAGCGCAUGUUGGAAACUAUGAGCCCUGAUAUCAAGGACGCAAACAUUACCGACAAGAAUGGCAAUAUCGUAUCCGGAGGUAACCUUUUCAGAAAGUAUCUUCUCAACAGAUGUCAAGAGGAGUUCGAACGUGGAUGGAAGCUUGACUUACCAGAUAAGCCUGAUGGAGAGCCUGGAGACGAGAAAUCUGCCGAAGCUACCAUGCUUUCUGAUGAGUACUACAUUGCCGCUGCUGCUAAGCGACGUGGUCUCGGUCUUGUUCAGUUCAUUGGUGAGCUGUACAAACUUAGCAUGCUUACGGAGCGUAUCAUGCACCAAUGUGUGCAGAAACUUGUCGACUACACUGGCAUUCCUGAUGAGGCUGAAAUUGAAUCAUUGACCAAACUAUUGAAGACAAUUGGUCACAACUUGGACAGCACCGAGAAGGGUAAGCCAAUGAUGGAUAUCUACUUCCAGCGCAUCCAAGGUAUGGUCGACACACCAGAUCUUCCAAGUCGUCUGCGAUUCAUGUUGAUGGACAUCAUCGAUCUCCGAAAGAAGAACUGGACUUCCAAGGAGCAAAACAAGGGCCCUAAGACUCUUGAUGAAGUCAGGGUUGAGGCUGAAGCUGCUGCUGCUGCAAAAGCGGCUGAGAAUGCUCGUGGUCCUCGCGGAGGUGGCGGUGGUGGUGGCGGCGGUGGUCGCAUGCAGAUGGGACGCGGUGACUCGAGGAAUUUCUCCAACCAGUACGGGAAUCAACCACCAGUUGACUACCAAAAGAACACCGUUGGUAUGGAUGAUCUCCGUCGUCUAACCAACAAGGGUGGAGCGAACAGAAACGCCAGCGCCAACAUGUCGUUUGGCCCAACAUCCAUGUUCUCCUCGAGAAGCAACAGUGGUCGAAAGAUGCCAGGAGGUGCAUUUAACAGAACCGGGGAAGAUUCCGGCGCUUCUUCGAGAACAGGCACACCACCUCAACAAAAGGAAAAGGAGUCUGCUACUUCAGCAAAUGCAUUCAGUCUUCUUGCAGGAUUAGGUUCUGGCGAACCAGAAAACCCAGCGUCUCCACCUUCGACUUCCGUUUCUCCUGCACUGUCCAAGGCAACUCCUGCACCAGCUGAGAAGCCCGAAGACAAGAAGGAUAACGAAUGA